AUGACAGACUAUAACGUAAUUUUUGUAUUACCAGGAGGAAAACAAGUAAAAGAUAAGAUUGAAAAUGAUAUUACCUUUCAAAAUUUAAAGCAAGUUAUUGGAAAGUAUGCCAACAGUAGCACCUUUUCAUUGGCUCUCAGUAGUGAUGGAUCUAAACCAAUCAAGGCUGUCAAUUGGACCAAAUUAAACACAAUCGAUACCUUUAAAAAGAGUUUCCCUCUUGGUCUCAUCAACAACAAUGAAAUAGAGUUUAAUGAUAACACUGAUUCAUUUAUUUGCAAGAUUUAUGUACUCUAA